UGCGCUUCUCCUGAGCAGGCAGAGAGGUGCGUCCGGUCCGCUGGCGUCAUCGGUGGACUUAUUGUGUGGCGACUGAAGCCAAACAAGCUGCGCGGUGCAGAAUCUCCAGCUCGCACAGAGUUUGAUACGGUGGGAGGCUUUUUACGCACGCAUGUUUUUUUUCUCUCUCCCCCUUCUGAACUGAAAGCAAAGUUUGGGAUUACUGCCAUUUUUCGAAAGUAAGCGCGAUUUCGCUGACUGUAUGAAAUAGCUUUGGACAUUCGGAGCUCUCUGAAGAGACCAGCUUGCCAGUUAAUAUGAGCGAUUCGCAUUUGGGACUGCAGAAAACCCCCAUGGAUUUCGUCAGCGACUUCGACUUGAUGAAGUUCGGCGUUAAGAAAGAGGCAAUGCAGGGGAUCGACCGCUCCUUCGUCGGGCCAUGCAGCCAGCUCCAGAGACCGGACUCCGUUUCCUCCACCCCCGGCAGCACACCUUGUAACUCGGUACCCUCAUCACCAAACCUCAAUCCAAACGAGCAGAGAAAUAACCCCGGGGGCGACCAGUUCUGGAUACCCAACAACGGGGGUUACCCUCAGCAAAUGUACCCUCAGGCUUUUGGUCUGACACCCGAGGACGCAAUGGAGGCCCUAAUCGGCGCCACGGCGCAGCAGGGACAUCCAUCUGUGCCCCACGGCCACCAGCAGCCACAUUUCCAAGCCGACUACGAAGGGUACGGCCAACUCAACGAGCCUGUCCAGCACUACGCGGGACUCCCGGGUCACCCCGACAUGCAAGGGAUCCACAGCAGUCACUGCCAAGACCCUUAUAUCAAAGAUGACAUGGAUUGCGAGUCUGAUGAGUCGCCGGAGGACAAGCAGGUCCUCGGUGCGCACCACAGCCGCCACGACCGGCUGUCCAACGCCGACGACCACUUCUCAGAUGACCAGCUGGUGUCGAUGACCGUCAGGGAGCUCAAUCGGCACCUCAGAGGCCUCGGCAAGGACGAAGUGAUGCGUCUGAAGCAGAAGCGCCGAACCCUGAAAAACCGAGGUUACGCACAGUCCUGCCGUUACAAGCGCGUCCAGCAGAAGCACGUUUUGGAGCACGAAAAGACCAGCCUGGUGUCACAGGUUGAGCAGCUGAAACAUGAACUGAACAGACUGAUGCGGGAGAGGGAUGCAUACAAAAAUAAAUGUGAUAAACUGUCCGGUGCAAACUGUUACCACGAAACUGGGUCUACCAGUGACAACCCUUCCUCACCUGAGUAUUUAAUGUGACUUUGUUAAAUUUCCUGCAGAACUGAUACUUUUCCAUGGGGGAGGCAUUAUGUUGACAGCUCGCUUUGCUUUUUAAACAAACAAGCCCAUGGAUUCACCAAGUUGUAAUUAAUGUUGGACAAAAGGAUAUCGCUCAAAUCAUUGUAAUAGAUUACAACUAGGCAACAAGUUAUGACACAAAAUUACAAUAAGGCAUGCAUGCAGGACAUGCAUGAGAUGUUUUUUUUUCUAUACAGGCGUAUCUGUAUUUUGUCUGAAAGGACAUACUUGAAAUCAGAGAAUAUUUCCUUUUUAUUAAUAUACAACUUUAAUCCUUCUGCAUUAGUUACUCAUCGAUCUUUAUUUUAGUGAUUUUGCUUUGCUUAGUUUUUGUAGCUCAAAUUAUAUUUUGUGUCCACGCUUCCUUAAAAUAGACGACAUACAAAGAAGAAUUACGUUUAAAUGGCAUUUCUGUUAUUUUUUAUGAAGCUGAUUCUGCUGGACAGAUGUUUUCCUUAUUUGCUUUUCUUUUUAAGAUAAUAUAUGAUUAUGCAAAUUGUUUUUCAUCCACUAUGUUUUUAAUUUGCUAUGGAUCAAUAAAACUAUUGUGACUUUUUAAAA